AUGACAGAAAAACCAAUUAGUCUCGAGGACAUCUACAAUUUAAUUGCAAACUCCAAUACGGAACUCAAGGGUGAAAUUGAGCAACUAAAUAAGAACAUCACAGAAGUAAAAAAGGAGAUAGAGAACAGGAAUAAUAAAUUUAAAGAAAUUAAAGAAGAAAAUAAAACAUUAAAAAGCAAACUGAAUGUGCUUGAAGCUAAGUCGAAGAAGUACAACGUAGUUGCGUAUGGCAUAAAUGAGGAAGAUAAAGGAGCAGCAGAACCAAACAAAAUAUUUUGA